AUGGUCCUCCCACUACGUUAUGAGAUUUCGUCCUCGUCAGAUCAUAAUACUGAUGGCCGAGUGUCACAACGACCGCCUUUGAGGCGCUGUCGUCCCCCUGUUGUUGAAGUACUUAGUGAAAGCGAAGACGAAGACUAUGAAUACCUAAGCUUUGCUGAAGAUGACGAGAACGGUUCCUGUGGAAGCCUUUCAUGCCCUUCAUCAAGUGAGGAGGAGCUAGAUUCGACCGAAAGCGAUCUUGCAGAUGAAUCGGCUGGUAGACACGACGGCGAUUCUGACGCAGAAGAAGAUCUGGCGGUCUGGCAAGAAUCAGAUGGUAUCAAUUUCUCCGAAGAAGACGGACCUUUUCCUUGCGUCGAUCAAAGCUUGGAGGGGGAGCUUGCCGAGCUCAGGAGACAGCUUCUGAAGCUCGAGUCAGCAGAGGCUCUCAGGGUGUAUUAUCCACCAGUGUUAUCUGGAAACUCCAUUCCAGCGCCAUUAAUCGUGGAGGAAGCAGCUGCUUUAGAAGAACUCACUGCUUUGGAUCCUGAGUGUGACGGAGGGUCUGAUGACUAUUUCUUCGAAUUAGAUCUUUACGAUUUCUGCGUAUAUCGAUCACCAAGACACCCAAAUGGGAGCCAAGGCCAGUAUGAGUCUCUACACAUCGUCACGACCAAUCCUAAGAUUGGCCACUGGGUUGUUGAAGGUGCUUUGAGAAGCCAGAACCAACAGCGGCGUAUUCGGGGCUUCAUUGACCGUGUGAGCAUUGGAAACUAUGAAAAUAUUUGCACGCACACCACCUCAGGGGCUGUAUGGAUCAAGACUGAACUCAGCUCAAAACAGCGCUAUUGGUAUCGACUCAAGGAGCCUGCUGGAGGCUACAGAAUGCUCUGGCAUGAUUUCCUGUGGUUGGCGGACUUCACCAAGUAUUUUAUCGACUACCUUCAUGAGUCCUCCAAGAAAAAACUAGUUGUGUCUCUGUUGGAUUUUAAGUCGAAUUUCUGGACUCAGUUAAAGGAAUGGCACGGUGACUCUCUUCAAAGCUGGAGAAAACAACGCGAGGAAAGUCCCCGGAAGCCGCUUGACUUCAGAAAGGAUGUUCUUUGGUACCGUCAAUUUCUUAAUCAUCAGGUCGACUCUCUCUGUCAAGAUGACGCCAAUCACGAGAGAUUCCAGCAGCCAGUCUGGAAUGAGAUCGGAGUUGUUCCUUCAAGUUACGAUCAGGGAGCUGAGGCUAAGGAUGAGAAUACUGUCGUUACCCCGAAUGUCGCGGCAUGUUUCCAUGAGAAAUUUCCUCACUGGCAAGAUGAACAUAAACUGCUAGAUAUGGUUUAUAUUUGUCCCGAGGUAGAAAAGUUCAGACGGGGACGCCGUCAGCACUGGGGCUUACCAGACAAGUUUUCCGUUGAUCAAACACCAUACUUUGUGAUUUGCAACGGUUCAGGCUCUAGCAUGGCAAACACAAAGAUAUCACUGGUAGACCAUCUACUCGAGCAGGCAAGUGCGAAAAAUGACCCAGUCCAGUUACGUGCAAGUGAAUUAUUGGAGAAGAUUGUCAUAGUUCGGAUGUAUAGCGACAAAAGGGCCGAAUACCUGUUCUACUACGCUUGGGUUCGAGAAGUUGUCACACAAACAAAGCUGGCAGUUGUGUGGCUCUUUCGGUCUUCCGAAACACUCUGUGGAACAGGCUUCUACCCAAUUGGCAACGAACUCUUUUUUAGCAGUGAAUGCAACUGCGAACCUGUGCUUGCUAGUGAUGUGGUGGAUGUUAUCAGUGCUUCUGCAUUCAGCGAUCGAGCAACAAAUGGUGCCGUCUUGUUUGUCCACAGCCUCUUCGAUGAGGAUCAGCAGAUUCAUCUAACUGCGGACAUGAAUAAGCUCAUCUGCCGUUGUCAGCAAAGAUUUCAUGUAUCACCCAAGAAAAUACCCCAGCCUGCUCCCACCCAGCGACAGGGAGUACCUCAGCUCUCUACCACUGAGUUAUACUCUGGAGCGGGAUUUCUUGGACAUUCCAUGGCUGCGACCGGCUACAUCAAACCAGUGGUAGCCAUUGAGUGCUGUGAAACAGCAGCCCUUACCUACAAGGCAAAUGAUGAACUCGAUGUCACCAAAGUGAUCACUGCCUCCGUCAAUACUUGUCUUCUCAAAAUUAUGACUGGGGAAGAGCCAAUUCGUCCUACGGAAUGCAUCAUUGCCGGGUGUCCCUGCCAAGGAUUUUCCUUACUGAACUCGAAUAAAUUGACACGCAAAUCUCAAAAGAACUGCUCACUUCUUGCACAUACAUUGACUUGGUUUGAAGUUUUUCUACCAGCUUAUGGUCUCAUCGAAAAUGUACCUAACAUGGAUAGUCUUGAUCCAAAUCCAUGUGAGCAGGCUAUUUGUUAUCUUGUUGCGCUCGGCUACCAAGUACGAAAGAUAUUCCCAGUCGAUUCGACACUAGGAGGGGCUUCCUCAAGGAAAAGGCUCAUUAUCAUGGUCGCUGCACCUAACGCCAUUCUUCCAGCAGGCUUGAACCAGACUCAUGGUGAUGGACAUGGCCAAAUGAAGACGCGGACCUGUGAAGAGGUAAUCUCUGACCUGGAACCGCUCGCAAACGAUACUGUCCUAAAUGUCUCUAACCCGGACCAUAUACCACUACAUCGAUUCAAAAUUGACUUUAAAAAUAAUGUCAAUCUUCGAGAUGUCGUGGAGAGGAUACCAACUAAGCCAGUUAACCUCGGUGUCGCACAGGCGUACCGGUUAGGCCGCUUAUCGCCAUCUCAACGCGCAUGGUUCUGCACACUUUCGAAAGAAAAACAAUCAAAGUCAAGCAAGUCUUUAAGACGUAUCAACAGGUACAAGCCUUUCAGAACUGUGUGUACCGUGAUCAGCCCACUCGAUGCCAGACAUGGUGGAGAAAUGCUCCACUACGAACAGAAUCGAGCCAACUCUAUUUUAGAAGCGCGGCGUGCUAUGGGUGUGCCCGACUGUUUUAUAAUGAUGGGAAGCAUUAUAGAACAAUAUAAAUUGCUCGGAAAUGGUGUCCCGUGGGCCCUUGGUGCGGCUUUAGGUCGUUCAGUUGGCAAGGCAUGGGUUGGCACCAUAAAUAAACGCCCGUGGCUCUCGAACACCGCCCCCGAUGUGUCCACUAGACCGGCAAAUAAUUCUGUCUCUUGGAUUGCCCCUAAGAAUGUCCAUCCUCAUGGGUCAGCGCCGAUGCUCCCCAACAGAUCAAGCCCAGGCGUUAAAGAGGAAAUCGACUUGGAAGACAGAGGGAAAAUGGUGCAGACGAUCAAAAAGCGAGCGAGAUACGUCUUAUCUGACGAUUAUGACGACGGCGACAAUGACGACAAUGAUCCAGACAUCGAGGUACUGUGUGAGCGACCCGUCCCAAAGCGCGUCCGAUAA